UUCUGCCAUAUUUGAAAUUCGGAGGAGAAUAAUAUUGUUUGUCCAAAAUGCCGGAUUAUUUAGGUAAAGAUCAAAGAAAAACUAAAGAUGAUGACUCCAAAGACGAUAAACCAAUUCAAGUUCUCGAUGAAGGGGAUAUAGAAAUUCUAAAGACAUAUGGUGCUGGUUUAUAUAGCAGGUCUAUAAAAAAGGUGGAAGAUGAUAUCCAAGGAGCAUUAAAGAAAGUCAAUGAAUUAACAGGUAUUAAAGAAUCAGACACAGGGCUAGCUCCUCCUGCUCUGUGGGAUUUGGCAGCAGAUAAACAAACUCUUCAGGGAGAACAGCCACUGCAGGUUGCAAGAUGUACAAAGAUAAUCAAUGCCGACACAGAUGAUGCAAAGUAUGUGAUAAAUGUCAAGCAGUUUGCCAAGUUUGUGGUGGAUCUUGGUGAUCAAGUGGCUCCCACGGAUAUUGAAGAAGGAAUGAGAGUUGGGGUUGACAGAAACAAGUACCAAAUUCACAUUCCACUCCCACCAAAAAUUGAUCCCACAGUUACCAUGAUGCAGGUUGAGGAGAAGCCUGACGUCACUUACUCAGAUGUAGGAGGCUGCAAGGAACAGAUUGAAAAGCUGAGAGAAGUUGUAGAAACUCCACUUUUACAUCCUGAGCGGUUUGUUAAUCUAGGUAUAGAGCCUCCCAAGGGAGUUCUUCUAUUUGGUCCACCGGGAACAGGAAAAACUCUUUGUGCCAGAGCUGUGGCUAACAGGACUGAUGCUUGUUUUAUUCGAGUCAUUGGAUCAGAGCUGGUUCAGAAAUAUGUUGGAGAGGGUGCAAGAAUGGUUCGUGAAUUGUUUGAAAUGGCAAGAACAAAGAAAGCUUGCAUUAUUUUCUUUGAUGAAAUUGAUGCCAUCGGAGGUACUCGUUUUGAUGAUGGUGCUGGUGGUGAUAACGAGGUACAGCGGACAAUGUUGGAGCUUAUUAAUCAGCUGGAUGGAUUUGAUCCCAGAGGAAACAUCAAGGUUCUGAUGGCAACAAAUCGACCAGAUACUCUUGAUCCAGCUCUGACAAGGCCAGGAAGGUUGGACAGAAAAAUUGAGUUUAGUCUCCCAGAUCUAGAGGGCAGAGCUCAUAUAUUUAAAAUCCACGCUAGAUCUAUGAGCGUAGAGCGUGAUAUUCGGUACGAAUUACUGGCAAGGCUGUGUCCUAACACCACAGGUGCCGAAAUUCGCAGUGUUUGUACAGAGGCUGGCAUGUUUGCCAUUCGAUCAAGAAGAAAAGUUGCUACAGAAAAGGACUUCCUUGAGGCAGUAAAUAAAGUAAUCAAGGCCUAUGCAAAGUUUAGCGCCACACCACGUUACAUGACCUACAACUGAGGACAAAACCUACCAAAAGACAAAAAUAAUAGAAGUUCUCCCUGAGAAGCCACCAUGAAGAUGCCAACUGGGUGCUGUGUCCAUCAAGUUGAGCAUUAAAACGGGUUUUGGAAAUAACCCAUUCAAGUGCCUUGUCAAAGUUUUUGUUUUCAUAGCAAUAGGAUUUGAAGUCGAAAAUAGAGAAUGUUUAUGUUAUAAGUAAUGUAUACCUUUUGUACAAAAUUAAAGUGUUUGGAAAUAACAAAA